AUGGAUACUACGCAACAGUAUCAUGUUGGGAAGGAUUAUUCUAAUGCCCCGGCAAAAGUAUUUGAGAAAGUGGAGAAAUAUGAUGAGGAUUUUAUUGAUCGUACCAGAAUACCAAGAAUGCCCUGGCACGAUGAAGGAGUUGUUGUAUUAGGCGAAUCAGCACGUGACCUAGCGCGACAUUUUAUCUCACGUUGGAAUGUACAUAAGGCACUUAGAAAAGCUAGUGUAGUUGUCCUAUGUACUAAAAAUCGACAAUUAAUCGUGCGCUUAAUCGCGAUUAAUGGUCAAUUUUUCGGUGAUUUUCAGUUUGAAAAGUGUCGAAAUAAUACAAAAUAUCCGUAUAUAUUACCAAAAGCCUAUGAAGAUGGUCAAGAAUUAUAUAUUAAUGAUUGGAAUCAUUAUCUCGAUUUAAAUCCGAUUCAAGUAAAUGCACAAGUAAGUAUACUGAAUUUUUAUAUCAAUUUUCAAAUACGUUUUAGAUUCAUGAAAUCUAUUUAAUGAUUUUUGAAUUUUGUUGACAAAUGAAAGGCUUUUGUUAAUGAAAACGAAUUUAACGUGCGGUGCAAAAAAGUAACCGGAUCGCAAACGAUAAUACGUAGCUAAGAAUCCUUUCCGAUGUGCUAGAGUACUUGACUUUUUUGUACAGCACGCUAUAAAACGAGUGAUAUUUGCUAAUGCAGAUAAUAUCUUCUACUAUCCAUCCCAAAAUACAGGGCCGGUGGGCAUUUUUUGAAUAACUUUUGAUAGGAAUGAGAUAGAGACCUGCGAUGUUCGCUGUUCAAUAGCCAAGACUUGAGCAGAACUUUUCACAAG